AUGAGGACAGGAAUAUUUCCAGAUGAUUGGAAAUUUGCCAAAGUGACUCCAAUAUAUAAGUCAGAAGACAAAACCUUAUGCGAAAACUAUAGACCGAAAUCAGUUACUUCGAAUAUCGCCAAAAUAUUUGAGAAAUUAGUCUGUAGACAAUUAAAUACCUUCCUGGAUAAUAACAACAUGCAUAAUUGUAAAAAUCAAUCAGGUUUCUUUCGCAAUCACUCAAGCGAAACCUGGUUACUGCAAUCUACUGAAAUGUGGUUGAAAUCAAUGGACCAGGGUCAAAUUAAUGGGGUUAUAUUCUUAGACCUGAAAAAAGCAUUUGAUACGAUUGAUUACCAGAUUCUAUUGUCAACACUACAAGCUUAUGGGAUACGCGACCACACGCUCAAAUGGUUCCAAUCGUAUUUGGAUCAAAGAAAGCAAAUUUGCAUGUUAAAUAACUGUAAAUCUGAUAUUAAAACAAUUCGUUGUGGAGUACCUCAGGGUCCAAAUCUUGGACCUCUAUUAUUUCUCAUUUAUAUUAACGACCUCCCAAACUGCCUAGAAACAACACACUCUAAUUUAUUUGCUGAUGACCCAAUUUAA